AUUCUAGGCCGAGCUCUUGACCCGAGCAGGCGCGUCACGUCUGGCUCCGUUAGGCCCGUUCUGUUCGGGACUUAGAACUUUUAGAUUAGGCAGGGCAUAUUUGGCAAACUUGGAUUCCGCUCUCGUCUUUUGGUCACUCCACUGCAUGAUUCGUUGUUUCGGUUUUUGCCUUCGUUUUGGAACUUAAAAUAUAACAACCCGCUCUUAGAUUAAUUAUUUUACUUGGGACCGUUUGGAUCGAACUGAUUGAAUUUUUGGAACACGCACCAGGUUGAUAUUCUCCAUUUCUUUCUGAUUAACGUAAAACCCAGUCACUGAUAUGUGGUGAACACUGAACAGCCUCACAGCACCACAGUACCCCCAGCCUCAUAUCGUCUGUUCUGCAAUCGCCAUUCGCCUUAUCAUGCGAAAUUUCGGACUUUUCGGUAGUGAGCUGAAAUUUGCUCAAACAGCCAUACAAGCUUGCAAUACCCAAGAUUCCUUUACUACUCGAAAUACCAGGACUGCCUAAAAACUUUAUCAUAGGGUAAGUUGGCAGUAAUUUGGUAGCUAUUGUUUCAUUCAAAUAUGACGCAGCUAAGACAUUUACAUAACGAGAAAAUAUUUUUUCACAGAGAUUUUGUGCGUAACCACUGUAUGUGUGUAUAAACAUAUUCUCAUUUGUCAACCACAUUAUAGAGUUCAGUGAUCAACCAAAAAUGGACCAAGCCCCACAGAGCAAAAAGAGGGAAGUUCAUCCCAUGCUGAAGAAGAUCUUGGACUUUGACAAAGAUGUCAGUGGACGGAUAUGCUUUGCAGCAGAAAAGAAAUUGCCAAUUAAAAAAUGGAAGCCUACAUUUAAACUUCUAGAGGUUAGCUGUCAUGGAGUGCCAACCAUUGCUGCAACAGUAGCUGGAAUAUACCUGUUCAGAGAUAGCAGCAUUGACUGCUUUCUUGUCAAUGUUCUGAUGGCGCUGCUCCUGGACCUGGUCUGUGUGGCCGUGGUGAAGGCGGUGGCCCGCCGCCGGCGGCCCGCGCCCAACGAGGACGACCUGCUGACCGUGGCCGCUGUGGACAAGUUCUCGUUCCCGUCCGGCCACGCGUGCCGCGCCGUGCUGCUGACGGGCCUGCUGCUGGCGCGCGGCGGCUGGCCCACGCUGCUGGCGCCGCCGCUGCUCGCCUGGGCCUGCUGCGUGUGCGCCUCGCGGCUGCUGCUGCGCCGCCACUACCUGCUGGACGUGCUGGCCGGCAUGGCGCUGGGCUACCUGGAGCUGGCGGCCACACUGUGGCUGUGGCUGGACGCCGACAGUUGCCGCGGCUGGGUGCGCUGGCUGGGCGGUGUGCUCGGCGACGACGGCGCUGACGGCAGAGAGCUGUGACCGGGUCAGAUUACUGGCUCGGCCGGAGCUGUGACCGGGUCAAGUCACCGCUCAGCCGGAGCUCUGACUGGGUCAAGUCACCGUCCAGUCGGAAAAUGUGACAGAGUCACUGGUCAGGUCACUACCUCGGCCACGGUCCAUGGCUCUGACCGGGUCACUUGAUCGCCCGGCCGGUGCAAUGAGUGGUCCCAGCGUGGACGGGUGAUUUUGAUCGUCAUAAUAGUUACUGCCAUGCUCUGCGCCAGUAUGGGUAACCGUUUGGGGUUGUGCUCUGUCUCUGUGAUGGUCUGUAUUUUUGAAUAGUGGUACAUAGAUUGACAGAUAUCUGCUGUUUGACGUGUGAUGUCCGAUCAUCUUAUGAUGUUUAUUUUCCGGGACUGUUAUCGUUGCUUACACCUACCAUUAGCUGAUUUUGUGGUGUAAUUAUUUAUGAUCUAGACAUUUCCGCGCAUUUUGUGCUUAAUUUUUGUCUCACUUUCUUAAUUUGAUUCUUCUUCUCUACGCAUUGUCACUAAAUUGAGAAUAUAUAAAUAUGCUUGCAAGCGAUAGUAAUUCGUCAUGGCGUGGUCUUUUGUGCAUUGUGAUGAUAUUGUGAUUGUAAAUGGUUACGAAUUGUUAUUGUAAUGUAACCAAGACAAUAUAUGAGUCAUGAGAUCAUA